AUGUGUCCACAAGUCUCUGCUAUCACACCUUCGAGCCACACGACACUAAUCGACGCUCUCGAUGAGGAGUACGGAACCAAAGAGUUCAAACUCAAGGCGUACGAGUCACUGGGAGGCGCCGUGAGGAUCCCGACUGUGUGCUAUGACGAUCUUGGCGCUCCAGAAGAGGACCCGCGGUGGAAUGUAUUUGAUGACUUCCAUACCUACAUCGAACAGCGUUUCCUAAAGGUCCACGCCACUCUGCAACGCACCAAGGUUGCGACCUAUGCAGUCGUCUAUCAUUGGCAAGGAACAGACACAUCUUUAAAACCACUCCUCUUGGCCGCGCAUAUAGAUGUGGUCCCCACACUCGCUGCAACUGAAGCUAACUGGAUCAACCCCCCGUUUUCGGGCUAUUAUGAUGGUGAGUGGAUUUGGGGGAGAGGCAGCUGCGACGACAAGCCUGGAGUCAUCGGCAUCAUGACAGCCAUCGAGGCUCUCCUGGAGCAAGGGUUCAAACCUACAAGAACCGUCAUCUUAGCUUUUGGCAUCGACGAGGAGCGUGGCGGGCAAACUGGAGCUGCGGCAAUUGGGAAGUAUCUCGUAAAUACCUAUGGAGAAGAUUCCAUUGCAAUGAUUGUCGAUGAAGGAGGAGGAUUCUCAGACUUGAGCGGUACCGUUUUUGCAACUCCCGCAGUUGCUGAGAAAGGGUACUUGGACGUUCGUGUGGACGUUCUCACACCUGGAGGGCACUCAAGCAGGCCUCCUAGACACACCGGCAUUGGCAUCCUCGCCAGCGUUGUCACCGAGCUGGAGGCGAACCCACACGUCCCGAAGCUUGCACGCGACCGAACUUACUAUCAGGGUUUGCAGUGCAGGGCAAAAUACGAUGAUGGGUUCCCCUCUGAGAUGCGCAAACUCGUCAUCGAAUCGCAGACUAGCGAUGAGAAAUUACAUGAGCUGGAGACAAAGCUUGAUGAUUUCGACCCAGCAUACUCCGCUUCAGCGGGUACAACUCAAGCCAUCGACAUUAUCUACGGUGGCGUCAAGAUCAACGCACUCCCUGAAGCCGUUUAUGCCAUUACAAACCACAGAAUCGCAGACCACAGCUCUGUUUCUGACCUUCAAGACCGGUUUGCGAGUAUCGUCGCACCUGUUGCGGCGAAGCACAAUAUGUCUCUGAAUGCAUUUGGGAAGGAAAUCGGCCUCGAGGCAUCUACUACGUGGGGUCUUGUGAAGGUUUCAGAUGCAUUCGGCCCUGGAUUAGAACCCGCACCUGUCACCCCAACUACCGGAAGUGGGCCAUAUGAACUACUUUCGGGUACCAUCUUGUCCACGCUGGAGACCAACCUCCGUACGGACGACUUCCCUGAGUCUUCUGUCGUAUCACCUGGUCUUUCCCUAGGUAGACUAGCGCAUCAUCUGAACAUGCGUUUUCCAGACACAAGGCACUACUGGAGCCUUACCAGACACAUUUUCCGAUAUGGCCACCGUGGUACCACUGAUGGCUAUAAUGGCGCCCAUACCAUUAAUGAAGCCAUCAGAGCAGAAGGCUUCUUGGAACAGAUUCGUUUCUUUACGAGGUUGAUUCUGAAUGCUGAUGAAACUCAGCUCCUGGAUUGA